CUCUGACUCCAUGGGUCCUGGCCUGCUUCGAAGAGGGCGAAGAAACCACAACAGCCUUCGUGGAGCCCCUGGUCAUCAUGCUGAUCCUUGUGGCCAAUGCUAUCGUGGGCAUAUGGCAGGAACGCAAUGCUGAGAGUGCCAUUGAGGCCUUGAAGGAGUAUGAGCCUGAGAUGGGCAAGGUGAUCUGCUCAGACCGCAAAGGUGUGCAGAGGGUCCGCGCCCAGGACAUCGUCCCUGGAGACAUUGUAGAGGUGGCAGUGGGAGACAAAGUACCCGCUGACCUCCGCCUUAUCAAGAUCAAGUCCACCACCCUGAGAGUGGACCAGUCCAUCCUGACAGGUGAAUCCAUGUCUGUCACCAAGCACACAGAUGCCAUCCUAGAUCCCAGAGCUGUGAACCAGGACAAGAAGAACAUGCUAUUCUCUGGCACCAACAUUGCAUCAGGGAAGGCCCUGGGCAUGGCAGUGGCCACAGGCCUGCACACAGAGCUGGGGAAGAUCAAGAGCCAGAUGGUGGCAGUUUAGCCAGAGCAGACGCCACUGCAGCACAAGCUGGAUGAGUUUGGGCGGCAACUAUCCCAUGCCAUCUCUGUGAUCUGUGUGGCUGUGUGGGUCAUCAACAUUGGCCACUUUGCCAACCCGGCCCAUGGUGGCUCCUGGCUCUGUGGCGCCAUCUACUACUUGGUGAUUGCCAUGGCCCUGGUGGUGGCCGCCAUCCCUGAGGGCCUCCUGGCUGUUAUCACUACAUGCCUGGCUCUGGGCACAUGGCGUAUGGCACACAAGAAUGCCAUUGUGCGGAGCCUGCCAUCUGUGGAGACCCUGGGCUGCACCUCCGUCAUCUGCUCUGACAAGACAGGCACCCUCACCACCAACCAGAUGUCUGUGUGCCAGAUGUUCGUGGUAGCUGAGGCUGAAGCAGGCUCCUGCCGUUUGCACGAGUUCACCAUCUCAGGCACCAAUUAUGCCCCAGAAGGUGAAGUGAGACAGGAGGAGUGGCUCGUGCGCUGUGGGCAAUUCGAUGGGCUGGUGGAGCUGGCGAUGAUAUAUGCCCUGUGCAAUGACUCAGCGCUGGACUACAGUGAGGCUAAGGGCAUGUAUGAGAAGGUGGGAGAGGCCACAGAGAUGGCUCUGACUUGCCUGGUGGAGAAAAUGAAUGUGUUUGACACCAACCUAUAGGCCCUAUUGCUGGUGAAGCGAGCCAGCGCCUGCAAUGGGGUCAUCAAGCAGCUGAUGCAGAAGGAGUUUACUUUGGAGUUCUCCUGAGACAGAAAGUCCAUGUCCGUAUACUGCAUACCUACUAGCCCUGGCCUGGCGGCCCAGGGCAGCAAGAUGUUUGUGAAGGGGUCUCCUGAGAGUGUGAUUGAGUGCUGCAGCUCAGUCCGAGUGGGAAGCCACACGGUACCUCUGAAUGCCACCUCCAGGGAGCAAAUCCUGGCCAAGAUUCGGGACUGGGGCUCAGGCUCAGACACACUGCACUGCCUGGCGCUGGCCAUUCGGGAUGCACCCCCAUGGAAGGAGGAUAUGCAGCUGGAUGACUGCAGCAAGUUUGUGCAGUACAAGAUGGACCUGACUUUUGUGGAGUGUGUGGGCAUGCUGGACCCCCCAAGGCCUGAGGUGGCUGCUUGCAUUGCACGCUGCCACCAAGCUGGCAUCCGUGUGGUCAUGAUCACAGGGGACAACAAAGGCACAGCUGUGGCCAUCUGCCACCAACUUGGCAUCUUCGGGGACACAGAGGAUGUGGUAGGGAAGGUCUACACAGGUCGCGAGUUCAAUGACCUCAGCCCUGAGCAGCAGCGCCAUGCCUGUCGCACAGCAUGCUGUUUUGCCCGUGUAGAACCCGUGCACAAGUCCCAGAUCAUAGAGAACCUACUGUCCUUUAACGAGAUCACUGCCAUGACUGGAGAUGGGGUGAAUGAUGCCCCAGCUCUGAAGAAAGCAGAGAUUGGUAUUGCCAUGGGCUCUGGCACAGCUGUGGCCAAGUCAGCAGCCGAGAUGGUGCUAUCAGACGACAACUUUGCCUCCAUCAUGGCUGCAGUGGAGGAGGGCCAGGCCAUCUACAACAACAUGAAGCAAUUCAUCCGCUACCUCAUCUCCUCCAAUGUAGCCGACGUUGUCUGCAUCUUCCUCACGGCAAUUUUGGGCCUCCCGGAAUCCCUGAUCCCUGUGCAACUGCUCUGGGUGAAACUGGUGACAGAUGUUCUACCUGCCACAGCCCUGGGCUUCAACCCACCAGACCUGGACAUCAUGGAGAAGCUGCCAAGAAACCCUCAUGAGGCCCUCAUCAGUGGCUGGCUCUUUUUUCGAUAUCUGGCUAUUGGAGUGUACGUGGGCCUGGCCAUGGUGGCUGCCGCCACCUGGUGGUUCCUUUAUGAUGCCAAGGGACCUCACGUCACCUUCUACCAACUGAGGAACUUCCUGAAGUGCUCCAAGGACAACCCACUCUUUGCUGACAUUGACUGCGAGGUCUUUGAGUCACGCUUUCCCACAACCAUGGCCUUGUCUGUGCUGGUGACCAUUGAAAUGUGCAACGCCCUCAACAGUGUAUCAGAGAACCAGUCGCUGCUGCGGAUGCCACCCUGGCUGAACCCUUGGCUGCUGGCCGCUGUGGCCAUGUCCAUGCACUUCUUCAUCCUACUGGUGCCACUCCUGCCCCUUAUUUUCCAGGUGACCCCACUGAGCAGGCGCCAGUGGGUGGUGGUGCUCCAGAUAUCUCUGCCUGUCAUCCUGCUUGAUGAAGCCCUCAAGUACCUGUCUCGGAACCACAUGGAUGCCUGUCUUUAGGCAUGCAUUCUCAGGACAGUCUCCUGGGCAUGGAGUGGGCAGCUACUGACCACCUCUGGGACCCCAGACCACACUGGAUUGCCCUCUUUGGGUGAGGGAGCCAGGAUCUUCUCACUGUCAGAGCUGCUUAGAGUGAGAAGCAGGGGCAAAAAAAAAAAAAAAAAAAAAAAAAAAACCUCCCUGUUCCUGGGAGUGCGAACCAAGGCAGUAGCCCCCAGGCCAGGCUGCUGCGGAGGGUCUGGAUUAGGCCCAGCAAUGGCCAAGGCCUGCCCUGUAGCAGCUGGGUCCUUGAGGGCCAUCUCUGGCAGGGAUGUGUCCCAGCUUCGGGAGGGAGUCUGA